AUGAAUUUGUACACCUUAGUUGAUUCAGCUUGGCUUGAAACAGCUCUAGCACAGAUUCAAAGGCGCACACCGUUAGCCAUUGUUCUCACAAAUGUUCCAUUAGUCAACAACACUAUUCGUUCAUCAAUUAACAAGAUAACAUUUUACAAAGCUCUCUUAUGUAAUAGACUAAUUACUAUUGAAGAGUACUUACAUCAUACAUACAAACUUCAAGAGUUUACUACUUUCUACAUUAAAUAUAAUAAUCGACUCUACGAGUGUUCAUCCAUUUUUGUUUCAUACCGAAAUGGCUAA